AGAGGAAAAAUAAGCCGUGGCCUCUCUUCCGUAAGCCCUAGCCCCUAGCCGCCAGUGUCGUGCAUUCGUGCUGAGGCUCAACUGCUGAUCCGUCUUCCAAGCUCUGGUAUCAUCCCUGAGCACUGAUUUAAGAUGUAUCUCCAGUACUACAUCAACGAGAAGGGGGACAAGGUCUACACCACCAAGAAGGAGUCACCUCUUGGGGUGCCAACGCAGUCUGCUCACCCAGCUCGGUUCUCACCAGAUGACAAGUACUCUCGCCAGCGAUACCUGUUGAAGAAGAGAUUUGGACUUCUGCCAACGCAGAAUCCAGGACCGAAGUACUGAAGCUUCAAGUCAACUGUCCAACCUGCGAUGUUCUUUUUGUGUCAAUGCUUGUUGGUUGGAAUGUACUAUCUUCGUUCUCGAAUAUUUGUGGUCCACUUGUUCAAUUUUGAACUAAACCGCGACAAAUAAAAAAGACCACUCAUUUGUCCA